GAAAUCUGCGAAAUUGAGCGACAAUUUUUUAAAUCUGUUUAAAACCUGUUGGUUUCCGGUUGGGCAGCAGGGAUCGAGGGAUCCAACCGUCAGGAUGCCGUCUCCAAAGAAUGGAUUUGGGAAUGGAAAUGGAACUGAUUUACUGCUCUACUACCAUCCUUCCUCGUUUCACUCACAAAAGGUGGCCAUGUCACUCUACCAGAAGGGGCUCAAGUUUCGCCCCAUCUACGUUGAUGUAAAUCGAGAUCGGAACUUCAACGCCAAGCUUUUCGCAUUAAACCCUAAAGGAGAAGUUCCAGUGCUAGUGGACGAAGUCAGAAUAAUCCCUGAGUCUGAGCACAUUAUCAAUUACUUGGAAGACAAUUUUGGCAAUGGAACCCCUCGUCUUUGCCCACAAGAUCAUGACCUGAAACAAAGAGUUAAAAAUCUCAACGACCUUAUCCAUGCUCUCAAAAUUGAUGCACUUACCUUUGGGUCAGUCGCAUUUGAUGAUUUAGAUCUGACUCCAAAAGCUCCAUUCGACGAUCCUGCAUAUCGGAGUCAACUCAAAUGGACUGGUGAGAAUAGGACGCAAAGUUUGUUAACAGAGAUGGUCUUACACCCUAAGGAUCAAAAUAUGCCAAUGCUGCAGAGACGGCUCGACGAGAUAACAGAAGAAGACGUUUGGUGGCAAGAUUCUCAAAAAUAUUUAGAUCUGAUAUUGGAAUUUGAAAAAAUCAUGGAUGAGUGCGAAGCUGAAUUUCAAUCCCACGAGGAUAAUCGAUGGUGGCUAGGAUCUCCAGAAAUAUCUAUAGCAGAUGUGAGCUUUAGCAUCCUAUUGCAUCGACUAUGGCAACUUGGAUUUGAGCGGAGGAUGUGGGGAGAUCGUCCUUUCAUCAAGCGGUACUAUUCAAGGGUGCAACAGUUGGAGAGUUUCAAAUUGGCUACGAAUAUGCCAAGCGGAAACGGGUUCACGAUUGGUAGUCCUUACCUGUGGGGGUUUCUUGGUGCUGUUGCGCUUGCUGGAGGUGGGCUGUAUUUGUGGAAUAAACAUCAAGCUGGAAAUUCACUUCCAGAAAUAACACCCACGAUUCUCACCAGCAAAGGAAUUUCUUCAUCAUACGGUGGUCCAGAUAGGCUCAAAUUGGCUGGCUUUCCUCGAACUCAAUAAAUACAAAUUCUUCUUCUGCUGCUAUUCAAGACUUCCAGCACAAUUUAUGUAUAAUACUAUUAACAUUAGCUCAAAAUCCCAAAAAUAAGCUUCGUGUCAUUUAUCCAAACCAAUAUGCUACGUAAAAAAAUUAAAACCAGUUAAAAUAGUUGAAAACGAUUGACGUACCUGAUAUGAAUAUUAAUAUGCAAUGUUAUGUAAGCGAACUACUGUGAUUUAAGACUGAGUCGAGUGUGAUGAAGAAGAACUGCAGUACUAUAAAAUAGAAACCAAAUUUAUUAUUGUAAUGAAAGAACCCAAAAACUAUCAAUAUAUCCAAUCCAUAGAAUGGUGGAAGCCAGAAAUUAUUUUGUGAACUUAGUAGUAACAGAGUCUUGGGAUUAACGAAAACUCUGAGUAGUAAAAGUCAAGUACAUUGUGGAUGUGGAAAUGUGGAUGAUAAAUACAUAUAUACGUGCAUACAUAUGUAUAUAUUAGUCAGUUGUGUCGUCAAUUUCGUCGUAAAUGAUUACAUAAAUUAUAAAAUUGUGGCAAGCAAGUCAAAACAGUAAAAAUGCCAUGUAAUCAAAUCAACAUUAAAA